GGGGGGGGGGGGGGCACGGGACCGCGGGCCGGGCCUGAGCCCUACGGUCCUGACCCCACCCCAUGACUGCCAGACCCCGGGACCCCCGGUUCCCUCCCACCCCGGGUUCUCCGCCCCCCUCAGCCCGGUUCUCUCCCGGCCCCGUUCGGCUCCGGGCGGCCUCGCGAAGCCGCCGUUGCCGCCGGCAGCUCCGCCUGUUCCGGCAGAGGCGCCCGCCCCUCGCCCCGCCGACCGUCCUCCCCCCCCCCCCCCCCCCCCCCCCCCCAGCCCGGCCUGGCGGUAAGAUGGCGGCGGCGGAGUGCGAUGUGAUCAUGGCGGCGCCCGAGGGACCCGGCGAGCCCGAGAGCGAGGAGGAGGCGCGGAGAGAAGCAGAAUCAUUCAAGGAACAAGGAAACGCAUACUAUGCCAAGAAAGAUUACAAUGAAGCGUACAACUACUACACAAAAGCCAUAGAUACCUGUCCCAACAAUGCCAGUUAUUACGGUAACAGAGCUGCCACCCUCAUGAUGCUGGGGAGAUUCCGAGAAGCACUGGGAGAUGCUCAGCAGUCUGUCAGAUUGGAUGAUAGCUUUGUAAGGGGCCAUCUACGGGAAGGGAAGUGCCAUCUUUCCUUAGGGAAUGCCAUGGCUGCCAGCCGCUGCUUUCAACGAGUUUUAGAACUGGAUCAUAAGAAUACUCAGGCACAGCAAGAGCUAAAGAAUGCCAGUACCGUGCUAGAAUAUGAAAAAAUAGCUGAAGUGGAUUUUGAGAAACGGGAUUUCAGAAAGGUUGUAUUUUGCAUGGAUCGUGCUUUGGAGUUUGCUCCUGCUUGUCACCGAUUCAAAAUCCUCAAGGCCGAAUGUUUAGCACUACUGGGUCGCUACCCAGAAGCACAGUCUGUAGCAAGUGACAUCUUACGAAUGGACUCUACAAAUGCAGACGCUCUGUAUGUCCGUGGUCUCUGCCUUUAUUAUGAGGACUGUAUCGAGAAGGCAGUGCAGUUCUUUGUCCAGGCACUCAGAAUGGCUCCCGAUCAUGAGAAAGCGUGUCUUGCCUGCCGUAAUGCCAAAGCACUUAAAGCAAAGAAAGAAGAUGGGAAUAAAGCGUUUAAAGAAGGAAACUACAAACUAGCAUAUGAACUGUAUACAGAAGCACUAGGAAUAGAUCCAAAUAACAUAAAAACAAAUGCCAAACUCUACUGCAACCGGGGGACAGUUAAUUCAAAGCUUAGGAAACUUGAAGAAGCAAUAGAUGACUGCACGAAUGCAGUAAAACUGGAUGACACAUAUAUCAAAGCAUACUUGAGGAGAGCACAAUGUUACAUGGACACAGAGCAAUAUGAAGAUGCUGUAAGAGACUAUGAAAAAGUAUAUCAGACAGAAAAAACAAAAGAACACAAGCAACUUCUAAAGAAUGCACAGGUGGAACUGAAAAAGAGCAAACGGAAAGACUACUAUAAAAUCCUUGGGGUUGACAAAAAUGCCUCUGAAGAUGAGAUCAAGAAGGCUUACAGGAAAAGAGCACUAAUGCAUCAUCCAGACCGACACAGUGGGGCAAGUGCAGAAGUACAGAAGGAAGAGGAGAAGAAAUUUAAGGAGGUUGGUGAAGCCUUUACCAUCCUGUCAGAUCCCAAGAAGAAGGCCCGCUAUGAUAGUGGACAAGAUCUAGAAGAGGAUGGAUUGAACAUGGGUGACUUCGAUGCAAAUAAUAUCUUUAAGGCCUUCUUUGGUGGGCCAGGUGGCUUCAGUUUUGAAGCUUCUGGGCCUGGAAAUUUCUUUUUCCAGUUUGGCUAAAAACAAACAAACACACAUACCUGAUCUGCUUAUUUUAGCCUUGAAUAUGGACAUACUUUAGACUCCUUCCUUCAUCAUGUCUCAUUGUACUUAGAGCAGUUUCAUUUUUCUCGGUUGGAGACCUCUGUUUUGUGUGCUUGUGCGUGUGAAGAGGAAACCAGCUCGGGGAGGGGAAGGCUUGUGAAUUUUGUUUUACUGUUAACUUUAUCAAAAAAAAAUAAAGCUUUGAAUCUUUUGGUCCCUC